UCUGCGCACAUGCGCACACACAGAGGCUUUAAGAGCGGAGCCGCUGGAGGCGGACGGCAGCAGAGAGAGGGAGAGGGAGACACACACGAGCACAGCCGGAGGAGAGCCGAGCCGAGCGGAGAGCUCAAGCUGAAGCGGCCCAUCAGCUGCCUCGACCGGAUGAACCAUCACGGACGCAGCCGCGGACCCGGCUCGGUGCUGGGCGCCCGGAGCUAGGCGCACGCGUUUGUGCCACACGGCUCUUUCAACUUCUCUCCCUCCAUUAGACUCUCGCUUUCUUUCUUCUUUUUUUAAUUUUCAUUGCCACCAUGGUGCUGGGCAAAGUGAGGGCCUUGGCGAUCUACUUUGACAGUUUGAAUGAGAACAACCUGCCGGUGUUCUCCGGCGGGGACCUGGUGUCGGGGAGGGUGGUGGUGGAGGUCACCGGGGAUGUGCGGGUGAAGAGCCUGGGCAUAACCGCGAGAGGAGUCGCCAAGGUCCGGUGGACCGAGUCGAGGAACGCCGGAGCCAACACGGCUUACACCCAGAACUACACAGAGGAGGUGGAGUACUUGCACCACUACGACACCUUGAUAGGAGAGGAGAGAGAUGAGGACUGUCCAGAGGAAGGCCUGACUGUUCUGCAUGGCGGCUUACAUGAGUUUGCUUUCAGCUUCAACCUGCCUCAGAUGGCUCUGGCCACUUCCUUCGAAGGGAAGCACGGCAGUGUGAGGUACUGGGUGAAAGCCGAACUGCACCGUCCAUGGCUGCUCCCUGUCAAAGUAAAGAAAGAGUUCAUUGUGUUUGAACACAUCGACAUCAACACGCCGCUGUUGCUGGCCCCUCAGGCUGGUACAAAGGAGAAAACGCUGUGCUGCUGGUUCUGUGCUUCUGGCCCGAUCUCCCUCAGUGCCAAGAUAGAGCGAAAGGGCUACACACCAGGUGAGUCCAUCCAAAUCUUCGCCGAGGUGGAGAACUGUUCGUCCCGUGUCGUGGUGCCCAAGGCUGCUCUGUACCAGACCCAGACCUUCUUCGCCAAGGGCAAGGGCAAGCAGAUCCAGCAGCUGGUGUCCAAUCUGCGGGGAGACCCUCUGCCGCAGGGGAAGAGCCAGAGCUGGGAGGGCAAACUGCUCAAGAUCCCCCCGGUGUCGCCCUCCAUCCUGGACUGUCCCAUCAUCAGGGUGGAGUACGCCCUCAUGGUGUAUGUCGACGUUCCUGGUGGGUUGAAUUUGUCUCUUUCGUUGCCGUUGGUGAUAGGGACCAUACCUCUCCACGCCUGCGCCUCCCGCACCUCCAGCAUCAGCAGCAACUGCAGUACCUUGAGCUGGCUGGGGCUGCCGGAGAGACCUGAGGCGCCGCCGAGUUACAGCGAUCUGGCAAUAUCAGAGUCUCACAGGCGGGAUUGUCUGCACGGCUGUGAUAGGUCUGACGGGGAGGGAGAGGGCCAGCGAUCUCUGCUGACAUACAUCACAGAGUUCAGAUAUCUGCCCCCGCCACUCUACUCUGAGGUCGACCCGUACCCUGACCCUGCGGAGGUGUGCGGGGCCUCGGACGUCAGAAGACCCGACACGUGUCCGUCCCGCUGAGGAGAGCUCAGAGGGCUUCUGCACAAACAAGACACCGUCAUCCUCCGCUCCAGGCCCGCAUAGCCAGCUUCUCACCAGAUUAUAUAUCACGAUAAAUAAGGCUAGCCCCUCCCUGACCCGGGAGAGCCAGCUGAGAGAGUAUUCGGUGACCAUUGACGUUAUGGACCAGGGAUUUCGAGCCAUGCUGGAUCCUCCACAUCCUGUGCUCGAGACGAGGCAAAAAAGUUCUUUCUGACACCACUGUAUGACUCUGACGAGGCAGAAAGCAAAGAUCACUCCCACUGGUCAGAAGAAGCCUCCUCCUGCCUCACAGUGAAUUUUGCACAUACCGUAAUUACUGUUUUUCUAUCGGUGGUUUUACAAACUGCAGAUUGCUGCAGGUCUAUAUGCUACAGUAGAUUCUGUCCACAGAUGUAAACAAUAUUGUACUCUUUAAUCUAAGUGGCACAUUUAAGACAGGAUGACAGCUACCUUCAGUUAACUGAGAGUUUGAGCUAAUGAUAGUUACGACCGUGGCGUGAACGUGUCACUGCCACUAACCAGACUUCAGGUGGAAACUGUCUCUUUCUGUGAACAAAGCUGAAAUUCACUGAGACAUGAAACAGACGAGACCGAAAGAAUCAGACAGACGAUGCUUCUGAUGAUUAAUUGCAGAAAUGUGUCUCAUGAACGACCACCUCGAGCACUUAAAACACAGCUCAAAUUGUGUGUGAAUGUGUGUGUGUGAUUGAGAGAGAGAGAGAGAGAGGCCGAGUGUGUGUGUGUUGGUUUAAAUGACCAGGUAUAAACCCAGACUGGGUCUAGAGUAAAGCACAACUCCGACCAACCAAGAUAAAGUACCACAAGUCGCCUGUUGGUUUCUGCUCUAAAGCUUCUCUUGCUGUAGAUCUUUCCAAAACAUGGAUGUUAAGAAGCUUUGUGCUCACGAAAAGAAUGACAAAGCGUAAAAGAUAAAUGUUUACAGAUGAAUAUAUCAAACUGAGAAUGUUGUUCAAACAUGACUUCUUCCACCUAAAACUUCAAAGUGCAAUAUAUUUUUGUAUUUGUGAUUUUUUUGCACUAGUUUUUCAUAUACUCUGUUGCUGUUUAUUCCAUUUCUGUGCAUUAUAUAUUAUUGUCAUGAUCCUAUUGCUGUCAUGAUCAACUUUUGAUAAAAUAAAAGGUUUAUUUUAUAAAAUAA